AUGACCUUUCUCGAGCCUCGAGGUGAUGAAAAAGGCUUCAACGCGUCGUUCUGCGCAAACUUCAUCGCCGUCCACCUAACAGACGUCAUUAUGCGAAUCGCACAGGCCCAGCAAGAGACUACGGUGACCGCAAAGCAGGUGCUGCGGUACAUCCCGAACUGCAUCGGCUACAUGCGCGUGGCCACGAUGGUGGUGGCGUGCUUCCUGAUGAAAAACCACCCUGCGUGGACCACCGUGGUCUACGGGGUGUCGUGCCUGCUGGAUGCGCUGGACGGCACGAUGGCGCGGCGCUACGGACAGACGUCGCGGUUCGGUGCAGUGCUCGACAUGGUCACAGACCGGUCGACAACCAACGCGCUGAUCUGCUUCCUCUGCCUGCUCUACCCGCGGUGGACGCCGGUGUUCCAGCUGCUGAUCGCGCUGGACCUGUCCAGCCACUACAUGCACAUGUACGGGUCGCUGUCGUGUGGCGACUCGCACAAGAAGAUCGAGAAGGACCAGUGGCUGUUGCACAUGUACUACUCGCGCCGCGACGUGCUGUUUGCGGUGUGCUUUCUCAACGAGCUGUUCUACUUCGGUAUCUAUCUGGCGGGCUUCCCGCAGCUAUGGCACUUGUGGCUGCCGGGGCUUGGUCGCCUGCACUUCGGCACGCUGGUAGCGCUGCUGUGUCUGCCCGGAUACGUGUUCAAGCAAAUCACAAACGUGGUGCAGCUAAAUCGCGCGGCGUUGCUGCUUGCGCACAUGGACGCGCGUGAUGCAACACGCCGCCUCCGCGCAAAGCAUGAGUAG